AUGAGGCCCAAGACAUUUCCGGCGGCGCCAUACGUGGGCAACACACGCCAGAGGCUUCAGGAAAUUAAGGAGGGCCUGAAGCAGCCGGCCAAGUUAGUGAGCCAGGCCCUCCACGGGGGCAGCCAGCGGGCCGAAGGAGCCGGCCGCCCUGCUGACUGCAAGGGUAGUAAGGAUGCGGCCGGUCGGCAGCAACCUGUGCGGCCGCCGCAGAAGUUCAACAACUAUCAGAGCGCCUUGCGGGAGAUCCGCAAGUCGCUCAUGCCUUUCGCCAACGAGUCAGGACCUUCAUCCGGGUCGGGGCACCCAGCCGGCGAGGUCAAUCGGCAGAUGCUGCAAGAGCUUGUCAACGCUGGAUGUGACCAGGAAAUGGCCGUCCGGGCAUUAAAGCAAACCGGAAGCAGGAACAUUGAAGCAGCCCUUGAAUACAUUAGUAAGAUGGGCUACCUGGACCCUCGCAACGAACUCAUUGUCCGUGUUAUUAAACAGACUUCACCAGGAAAAGCUGGCAUGCCCCCCUCAAUGGAACACCGCCCCCCACUGGAAGCCUCAGGUGAGGCUGCGGGCGCCAUGCCCCCAUACCACCCCAUGUAUGAGGGCGUGGCCGGAUACGGUCCGGAAGGCGAGAUGGCCAGACCAUACAUGAGUGCUCCCCCUGUCAUGAACUACAUGAUGCCGCCCUCUGGGGCAGCACAGGGUCCACCCAUGGGAAACCCAAUGGGUCGACCGCCCAGCAUGGGUAAUUACCCACCAGUGAUGGCCCCUCAGAGUAACCCAGCAACUGCCAUGUACCCACCGGGCUCCCAGCAGAAAGGCUAUCCUGGUGGCAUGGAGCAGCACGGGCCAUUAAUGAGCUACAAUGUCGCCGGUCAACCGUUGCCACCUGGGGCACCAGUGCCGGGACCCCACUAUGAUUACGGCCCUCCCAGGCCUCACUUAAUGGAGCCCACAGGCUAUGGAGUCAAGAGAACCGCAUCUUUUCAGAACAAGAUGGCCCCACCCCCCAUGGCGCCCCCAGACAAUUAUGUAAAUAUGCAAGGUAAAGGGCCAAUGGGCCAGAAUGUUCCGGUAGCAGGUGGGGGGGCUUACCCCACAAAUCUAUACCUGGCCACUCACUCGCAUCCACGUCAGGCGAGCCCCACCUCCCACCAGGUUCACAUGAUAUCCCGUUCUCCGGGCGGGGUGCCACCCAUGGGCCCAGACUUCCCUGAUCUUCCACAGGGGUUGAUGACGCCAUCCAGAGCGAGCCUCAACCUGGACUUAUAUGAUCACCACUGGGCGGGGCCCCAAGGUCCCGAAGGAGCCCCCCAAGCCAGACAGCCUCAACCUCAGGGGCCAUUCAGGGGUGAGGUCCGGGUGCCCAGCAGAGCCAACUCCUUCAACAGCCGUUCCACUGUGUCUAACGGUGUUCGGCCUCCAAUGAGCGCGUCUCAGGAUCCUUCCUUGGGUCCUCCUAACACCAUCACAGCUGUCACUUCUCCUCCCAUCCAACAGCCAGUCAAGAGCAUUCGGGUGAUGAGACCAGAACCCAAGACAGCGGUGGGACCAUGCCACCCCAGCUGGAUGGCAGCCCAAGCUCAGGAAACGUCAGAACCACUGGCCUACAUGCCUGAGGAAACGUACACCCUAGAGCCCCCCCAGGAGCCCCGCUGUCCGCCGCCACCUUACCCCAAGAAUCUCAUUAUCCCAACUUGUGAGACAGGGGCCCUGGAAGGUGGCGGAACCGCUGGUGGGGCUCAAGAUCUUGGUAGCCCCAAUAUUCGAAGCACACACAGUGGGAGUGGCGGCAGUGGAACCACAGAGGAUGGAUCGCAACAGAUUAAGGAGAAGACAAAAGGCAGCAAGACCGAGAAACCAGUCAAAGACAAAAAACAGAUCCAGACGUCGCCCGUCCCCGUAAGAAAAAAUGGCCGCGACGAAGAGAAGCGUGAAUCCCGGAUCAAGACCUAUUCGCCCUUUGCCUUCAAGUUCUACAUGGAGCAGCACAUCGAGAACGUCAUGAAGACUUACCAGCAGAAGCUCAACCGCAGACUUCAGCUGGAACAGGAAAUGUCCAAGGCUGGCCUGUCCGAGGCAGAGCAGGGUCAGAUGAGGAAGAUGCUUAACCAGAAAGAGUCCAACUACAAUCGGUUGAGGCGCGCCAAGAUGGACAAGUCCAUGUUUGUCAAAAUUAAGACACUGGGCAUUGGCGCCUUUGGAGAGGUGUGCUUGACACGCAAGGUGGACACGUAUGCCCUUUAUGCCAUGAAGACUCUGCGCAAAAAAGAUGUUCUCAACCGAAAUCAGGUGGCCCACGUGAAGGCAGAGCGUGAUAUCUUGGCAGAGGCCGACAACGAGUGGGUGGUGCGCCUCUACUACUCCUUCCAGGACCGCGAUAGCCUAUACUUCGUCAUGGACUACAUCCCCGGUGGAGACAUGAUGAGCCUACUGAUCCGUAUGGGCGUCUUCCCCGAGCCUCUGGCCUGCUUCUACGUGGCCGAGCUGACGCUGGCCAUCGAGAGUGUCCACAAAAUGGGCUUCAUCCAUCGCGAUAUAAAGCCCGAUAACAUCCUCAUCGACCUGGACGGACACAUCAAGCUGACAGACUUUGGUCUGUGCACUGGCUUCCGUUGGACCCACAAUUCCAAAUACUACCAGAAGGGGAGCCAUGUAAGACAGGACAGCAUGGAGCCUAGCGACUCUUGGGAUGAUGUGUCCAACUGCCGCUGCGGGGACCGGCUGAUGACACUGGAGCAGCGGGCCAAUCGUCAGCAUCAGCGCUGCUUGGCCCACUCGCUGGUUGGCACACCCAACUACAUCGCGCCCGAGGUGUUGCUGCGCAAGGGGUACACCCAGUUGUGUGACUGGUGGAGUGUCGGGGUGAUCUUGUUUGAGAUGCUGGUGGGUCAGCCGCCAUUCCUGGCACCCACUCCAACAGAGACUCAAAUUAAGGUCAUCAACUGGGAAAGUACACUGCAGGUACCAGCCCAAGUCAAGCUGAGCCCGGAAGCCGUGGACAUCAUUGGGCGCCUCUGCUGCUCGGCCCAAGACCGCCUGGGAGCCAACGGCGCCGGCGAGAUCAAGGCGCAUCCUUUUUUCGUAAAGGUGGACUUUUCCAGCAACCUUCGUCAGCAGCCAGCCCCCUACCGGCCCAAGAUUGCCCACCCUAUGGACACGUCUAACUUCGACCCGGUGGAAGAGGAGGGCGGCCCCGGGGCUUGGAGCGACAGCGGAGACAGCACCCGGGCCUUGGACGCCUUGUGCUCACCACACGGCAAACACCCGGAGCACGCCUUCUAUGAGUUCACCUUCCGCAGGUUCUUUGACGACAACGGCUGCCCUUUCCGCUACCCCAAGCCCCCCGAGAGCGGCCCAGAGGAAGAGGACGAAGAUGAACAAGAUGAUGAUGACGACGACGAGGAAGCGGGGGAAGGGUGUGAGCCAGUUUACGUUUAG